CCAUGGCCAGCACGCUAAGCCCCAGCCCUGUGACUGAGACUCCCAGUCCUCCUGAGACAUCAGAGCGUAUACACAAUGCUGCUGACAUCUCCGUCAUUGUCAUAUAUUUUGUGUUGGUGAUGGCCGUUGGACUGUGGGCAAUGCUGAAGACUAACCGGGGCACUGUUGGAGGCUUCUUUCUGGCUGGUCGAGAUGUGACCUGGUGGCCGAUGGGCGCCUCCCUCUUUGCCAGUAACAUCGGCAGUGGCCACUUUGUGGGGCUGGCAGGAACUGGAGCAGCUUCAGGAAUUGCCAUUGCAGCAUUUGAAUGGAACGCCUUGCUGCUGUUGCUGGUUCUAGGGUGGUUCUUUGUCCCCAUUUACAUCAAGGCAGGGGUGACGACCAUGCCGGAAUACCUGAGGAAGCGGUUUGGUGGGAAGCGGCUCCAGGUCUACCUCUCCAUCCUCUCCCUGUUCAUCUGUGUGGCUUUGAGAAUCUCAUCAGACAUAUUUUCUGGAGCCAUAUUCAUCAAACUGGCCUUGGGAUUGGACCUAUACCUGGCGAUCUUCAUUCUCUUGGCUAUCACUGCUAUUUACACAAUCACUGGGGGCUUGGCCUCAGUUAUUUACACAGACACCCUCCAAACGGUCAUCAUGCUGAUAGGUUCCUUUAUUCUCAUGGGGUUCGCUUUUGCCGAAGUCGGAGGCUACGAGAAUUUUACAGAAAAGUACAUGAAUGCCAUCCCAACCAUAGUGGAGGGGGACAACCUGACAAUCCAAUCCAAGUGUUACACACCUCAGGGAGACUCCUUCCAUAUUUUUCGAGAUGCUGUCACUGGGGAUAUUCCAUGGCCAGGAACAAUAUUCGGAAUGACUGUUGUAGCUGCGUGGUAUUGGUGUACAGAUCAGGUCAUUGUGCAGCGCUGCCUGUCGGGCAAGGACAUGUCACAUGUGAAGGCCGCCUGCAUCAUGUGUGGGUACCUGAAACUGCUGCCCAUGUUCCUCAUGGUGAUGCCAGGGAUGAUCAGCCGUAUCCUGUUCACAGAGAAGGUGGCCUGUGUUGUACCUUCAGAAUGCGUGAAGCACUGUGGAGUUAAAGUCGGCUGCUCCAACUAUGCUUACCCAAUGCUGGUGAUGGAACUGAUGCCCAACGGACUGCGAGGCCUGAUGCUGUCGGUCAUGCUGGCCUCUCUCAUGAGCUCCCUGACCUCCAUCUUCAACAGUGCCAGCGCCCUCUUCACCAUUGAUCUGUACACCAAGAUUCGGAAGAGAGCAUCUGAGAAAGAGCUCCUCAUAGCUGGACGGUUAUUUAUCAUUCUUUUAAUUGCCAUCAGCAUUGUGUGGGUCCCCUUAGUACAGGUUGCUCAAAAUGGACAACUGUUCCAUUACAUAGAAUCUAUUUCUAGCUACCUUGGGCCUCCAAUUGCAGCUGUCUUCCUGCUUGCCAUCUUCUGUAAAAGAGUCAACGAACAGGGAGCCUUCUGGGGUCUAAUUGUUGGAUUUGUGAUUGGCCUCAUCCGUAUGAUCGCAGAGUUUGUCUAUGGAACGGGGAGUUGUUUGGCCGCCAGUAACUGCCCCCAAGUCAUCUGUGGAGUGCACUAUCUGUACUUUGCCCUCAUUCUCUUUUUUGUUUCCAUACUGAUCAUCCUGGGAAUUUCCCUGUUAACAAAACCCAUUCCUGAUGCACAUCUGUAUCGCCUGUGCUGGGCUCUUCGGAAUAGUACAGAGGAACGAAUUGACUUAGAUGCAGAAGAGGAAAGACACGAAGAAGCCGAUGAUGAUGUUGAUAAUGAUAAUCCUGAGGAAACUCGUGGAUGUCUCAGGAAGGCUUAUGACUUGUUCUGCGGUUUGCAGAGCAAAGGCCCCAAACUGAGCAAAGAGGAGGAAGAAGCCCAGAAGAAGAAGCUGACAGACACGUCUGAGAAGCCCUUAUGGAGGACAGUAGUGAACAUCAAUGCCAUCAUCCUCCUGGCAGUGGCAGUCUUUGUUCAUGGCUAUUUUGCCUAAACUCUGUCUGUCUGAACUACUAGAGUAUUUAUUAAGCAAAGGAUAAUUUUAUUGAUUUUUCACUUGUAUAACUUUUUUGUGUUGCAAAGGCAGAUAACCAUUUUAUUGAAUGAGAUGACCAUACACCUGGAUUUUAGCUUUUGUUGUUCCUUUCUGUCAAUAAAGAGAAAGAAAGAGUUGAUAAUUUAGAAAGUCAGUAAGUUGACUCAAGGUGUACGUAAACCAGAAGCACUGGGUCUAAAUAUUUUUUUAUAGCUCAACAGGCAGAUUGCCCUAACUUACAUUCACUUUCUACAAUUUCCAGAGGUUUCCACUUAGAAGGAAUGCCUCUCCCAACUCUGCCUCACAUAUCUAUCAAAGUGAACUUCUUCUGUCUUCCCUUCAUUGCUCUCAAAGAUUUGGAAAGUAGAAAUAUUUCCUAAAGGUUAAGAGGAGGUGAGUUGAAAAUACCAGCUGUAAAUAUAUUUGUGAAUUUACUGGAUAUUAUUAGCUUAUAUCUAAAUAAAGUCACCCCCUACUAAAUGUUAGCAUAUCAAGCCAUUGAUUUUUAGACUUUUUUUUUUAUUUUAAUUUGGCCAUGCCUUGUGGCUAUAGGAUCUUAGUUCCUCAACCAGGGAUUAAACUUGGGCCCUGGCUGUGAAAGCACUGAGUCCCAGCCACUGAACCACCAGAGAAUUUGCAUGAUUUUUAGGCUACUUUUUAAAAAUAGUUCACACAAUUCAUCUAUUUAAAGUGUACAAUUAAGUUUAUUUCAGAAUAGUCAGAGUUGUGCAAUAAUUACCAAAUCUAAUUUUCUAUAUUAACAUUAAUUCUUUAUUUACUUUGUUACUGGAAUAUGUCUUUCUCUGUAUUUGUUUUAUUUUGACAUUGUGUGUUGUUCUGUGACUGACUUUUCCAUAUAAAAUUUAUCUUGGAGCUCUCCACCUAUUAGUACAUACAGAUAUCCCUCAUUCUUUUUAGUAGCACAUUAUUCCAUAAAAUCAUUUACCAUAAUUUGACCAUUUUUCUACCGAGAAACAUUCACAUUUGUUUCAAUUACUUGGUAUUAUCUACAAUAUUUGACUAAUAUGUGCAUGCUAAGGCACUUCAGUUGUGUUCAACUCUUUGUGACCCCAUGGACUGUAGCCUGCCAGGCUCCUUUGUCCAUGGAAUUUUUCAGACAAGAAUAUUGGAGUGGGUUGGCAUUUCCUCCUCCAGGGAGUCUUUCCCCCUUGGUAACCAUAAGAUUGUAUUCUACAUCUGUUUCUGUUUUGUAAAUAAGUUCAUUUGUACCAUUUUUUGAUUCCACGUAUAAGCAAUAUCACAUGAUAUUUGUUUCUUUCUGGCUUACUUCACUCAAUAUGACAAUCUCUAAGUCCAUCCAGGUCAGUGCAAAUGGCAUCAUUUUGUUUUUAUUGGUGAGUAGUAUUCCACUAUAUACAUGUACCACAUCUUCUUUAUCCUUUCAUCCAUUGAUGAAUAUUUAGGUUGUCUCCUUGUCCUGGCUAUUGUAAAUAGUGCUGCAAUGAACAGUGCGUUGCAUGUAUCUUUUCAAAUUAUGGUUUUCUCUGGAGUGGGAUGCCCAGGAGUGGGAUUGCUGGAUCAUAUGGCAGCUCUAUUUUUGGAUUUUUGAGGCACCUUCAUACUGUUCUCCACACUUGCUGUACCAGUUGACAUUUCCAUCAACAGUGUAAAUAGGUUCCUUUUUCUCCACACCCUCUCCAGUAUUUACUGAUUGUAGAUUUUUUGAUGAUGGCCAUUCUGACUGGUGUGAGGUGAUACCUCAUUGUAGUUUUGAUUUGCAUUUCCCUAAGAAUUAGUGAUGUUGAGCAUCUUUUCCUGGGCUUUGGGCCACCCGAAUGUCUCCUUUGGAGAAAUAUCUAUUUAGAUCUUCCACCCAUUUUUUGGUCGGCUUGUUUGAUAUUGAGCUGCAUGAGCUGUUUGUAUAUUUUGUUCAUUGUUAAAUGGUGUACAACUCCAUUUGUUUAGUGACUGUCCCAGACUAUUGUGGCAAUGCCCACAUUCUUUAUUGAUGUGGCCACGGAAGUCUUUGUUCCUUAGCUUCUGUUCAGUUGUUUUGAUAGAGACUUCCUUGAAUUCCAGGAAGUCUCCCAAUUUUCCAAACUGACUGUUCUGAGGCCCUUCUUCAGCUCCUAACCAGGCUUGCACUGGAUCUGACCAAGGUGAAAGCUUAGGGUCUUCUCAGCCCUUUUCUAAUCGUGUGUCUUACCCUGGUCUUUCUAAAUAUGGCUUUCUAAAUUCCCCAGUAUAUAUAGUUGCUUUUGGAUGUCUUAAUUUCCCAAUGACAUUUCCCCAAGAUUUUACCUUAAGCAGUCUAUGCUAUGCUUUUUAUUUUUAGGCCAUGCUGCAUGGCACGUGUGCUCUUAGUUCCCAGACCGGGGAUGGAACCCACGUCCCCUGCCUUGGAAGCACGGAGUCUUAACCACUGGACCACCAGGGAACUCCCUACUGUAUGUUUUGAAAUAACAGGCGUCUGUGGCUUGCGGUUUGGCUUGCAGUGUUUUCAAGCUUCCUCACUCUUGAGUUCAUUUAGGUGAGACAGAGUGCCACCUAGUGUCAAUUCUUCAGGUAGCCAGCCAGGGAGCAAGGAACCGGCUUACACAGUCAUUUGUGAACACGGUCUGCUCCGCCUUCUCUGGACCUAGGGAAGUGGGUCCACACUGGGGGCACGGGCUACCCCUGCUCUAAGACUGGUGCCGCUUAAUGGCAGGUGCUACUUUAAGACUGCCAGCACGCGGAGAGAGAGGGUGAGGGGAAGGAGUAAGAGUGCCACAAAACCUUCCAACCAUUUCAUAGUGACUUUUUCUUGCUUCCUUGCUUGUUCGUUUGCUAUCAACUUUUAUAAACCGUUUUCUAGAAUUCUCACAAAAUUGGUUCUGACAGUUUCUGUUCAACUUUCAAUGUUUCUAUUGGAGGAUGAGAGUAUGGAGUGGCCUCCACCAUAUUGCAGACAUCACCAUUUUUUUAAUGUUUAUUUAUUUAUGACUGUGCUGAGUCUUCACUGUUUUGUAGGCUUUUCUCUGGUUGCACCAAGUGGGUGCUACUCUCUAGUGGGCUUCUCACUGCGGUAGCUUCUCUUGUUGUGGAGCACAAGUUCUGGGGCGCUUGCACUUCACUUAAUUGCAGCAUGUAGGCUCAAUAGUGGGCUCCCCAGCUCUGGAGCACAGGCUCAGUAGUUGUGGCUUAGUUGAUCUGUGGCUUGUACUUGUGCGAUCUUCCCAGAUCAGGGGUCAAACCCAUGUUUCCUGCAUUGGCAGGCAGAUUCUUUACCACUGAGCCACCAGGAAAGCCCUAGACGUCACCAUUUUUCAGUUGAGUUCAGUUCAGUUCAGUUGCUCAGUCAUGUCUGACUCUUUGCGACCCCAUGAAUCGCAGCACACCAGGCCUCCCUGUCCAUCACCAACUUGCGGAGUUUACUCAAACUCAUGUCCAUCGAGUCGGUGAUGCCAUCCAGCCAUCUCAUCCUCUGUCGUCCCCUUCUCCUCCUGCCCCCAAUCCCUCUCAGCAUCAGGGUCUUUUCCAAUGAGUCAACUCUUCGCAUGAGGUGGCCAAAGUAUUGGAGUUUCAGCUUCAGCAUCAGUCCUUCCAAUGAACAGCCAGGACUGAUCUUUAGGAUGGACUGGUUGGAUCUCCUUGCAGUCCAAGGGACACUCAGGAGUCUUCUCCAACACCACUGUUCAAAAGCAUCAAUUCUUCAGUGCUCAGCUUUCUUCACAGUCCAACUCUCUCACAUCCAUACAUGACCACUGGA